AAGUACAGUAGCGAGCUGGUGCCGGCUGGGUCGGUGUUCGUCAGUAGCUAGCGACUUUUCGUGCCAUUUUUUUGUAAUAAACAAACCGCUCUCGUCGCUGUCAGUCACAGAUCAGUCCGUACAUUCGGAGCGGAGCAGCGAGUCUCACGUAACAAGCUGGCCAGCAAGCCAAACUAGUUCAGUAAUUUAGCAAGUUAAGUUAGCUAUUUGAAUUUCAGCAGGACGAUAUUCGCUUUGAAGUUAAUUCAGUUGAUAGUUAAUUUAGCAUUUCUGUAAUGUUCUAGAUUUGGACAUUUCUAACGUUUUAGACUAAACAACUAGCAUAACUAAAGCUAAUGUCAGCUAGCUUGCUUGGACAUUGUUUGCUUAUCAGGAACACUUAAAACAUAGCUAACGUUGGAUGACAAUAUCUUCAGUUACUGUGUAACUUUCAAAAUACAGCUAGAUAACUAGCUAGCUCGCAAUAUAUUAACAGACGUUUUUUCCAUCAGUUAGCUGACGUUUGCAGUCAAGCAAAAAGGAACUUGACAGGCUUAGUCAACGUUAUUGUUAGAGAGCUGGACAGAUAACGUGCAGUGCGAACAAUUUCACCAGCAAACGUCAGUAAGUAAUCAGUUUUACACAGAGGACUAAUUACUAGUGUUAGCCAUUGUUAUUGGGAGCUUACUAUCUGGUUAGCUGUGGUAAACAAGCAGUAGGUAACAUUAGCCAGCUAAGUAGAAGAUACAAGGAUAUCAGUUGCAAUCUGCAUCCACAGCUAUAAAUUGCUUGCUAACGUAAUUAAUUGUUCAUUUGUAUUUAUUAGCCUGCCAAGUAUCAGCAAUAUUUUGUUUACCAGGGGUUUUCAAGUAGAACAAAAACAAUCCAGCUAGCUUGUUAAAUAAAUAAUUAAAACCUCUUACAAACUACCACGGUCGACGUUUUGUCUCGGUGUUCACGAAGAAAAGGACAAAAAGUGCAUUGCAAAUUGUCAGUUGCAUUGGAAGACCAAUACAGUUAGUGAAAGUGUACAUCAGCGUGUCAGGCUCCUUUUCAUUUCUGACCCGGAUUGUCAUUUUAUCGGUGUUAUUGUGGAAAAUGGCGGCGGUAGGAAUGGUGCAGAUGUUGAUCGAAGCUGCUGAAUAUCUGGAACGGAGAGAAAGAGAGGCAGAACACGGCUAUGCUUCUAUGUUACCCUACAGCAACGGCAAAGAAAGGGAUAGCCUGAAACGGAAAAAUAAAAGCAAGAAAAGUUCCAACAGCAGGUCCACGCACAAUGAAAUGGAGAAGAACAGACGGGCCCACUUGCGGCUGUGUUUGGAGCGUUUGAAAUCGCUGGUGCCUCUGGGCCCCGACUCCAGCAGACACACCACCCUCAGCCUCCUGAUGAAGGCCAAGGAGCACAUUAAGCGGUUGGAGGAGAGCGAGCGGAGGGCCCAGCACUCCAUAGAGCAGCUGCAGCGGGAGCAGAGGCACCUGCAGCGCCGGCUAGAGCAGCUGGGAGUGGAGCGUGUGCGCAUGGACAGCACAGGAUCCACCCGGUCCUCAGAGAAAUCCGACUCUGACCAGGAAGAGCUGGACGUUGACGUGGACGUAGACGUUGACGUUGACGUGGACGCGGAUGCAGACGCGGAUGCAGACGCGGACGCAGACGUGGACGUGGAGGGCACAGACUACCUCCUGGGGGAGCUGGACUGGAGCAGGAGCAGCGUCAGCGACUCGGACGAGCGCAGCAGCCUCCGCAGCAGCUGCAGCGACGAGGGCUACUCCAGCGCCAGCCUGCUCCGCCUCGCCUGCCCACCAGAGGGCAGCAUGGUGCUGGCCUGCAGCCUAUAAGCACAGAGCCGCAUGGGAGGAGGCGGAGCCUGAGGCCCGGAGACUGACCACUGACCCCUCCCCCCUCCAAUACACACAUACCUGUACACAUACACACACACGCUCGCACCCAUAUGUACACAUGCACAUGCAUACACACACGCAAGCACACGCACGCACACACACACGCACGCAUGCACAAAGCAGUCUGGUGCCAAGAGACUGACCAUUGACACCCCCUCCUAA